CUCUCUCUCCGCUCCCCCUCCCCUUCUAGAUUCCCCUCCCUCUUUCACUAUCUGUUUCGGCGCUCUCCCUCACAUCAUUCUCCUCCGCUGUCUCUGCGGAUCACACACACUCACUCGGGCAUGCCCACAUCACAACUCUCUGCACAUUACUGACUGCAUUAAAUACAUAUAAGUAGGCAGCAUGGGGCUGUGAGGCAGAGCUCUGCCGUCAGCACCCGCCGGUUCAAGUAAUUCAAGAGGUUUGCGGCUGCGAACGUACCGGGGGACACCUCAGUGAUCUUGAGGGACUGACAGCAGCGGACUACGGGCUGUGGCAGCUGCAGGUGGACGGAUGGGCGGGUAGAGGGGUCGCGCAGCAGUAACCACGGCAACGCCGCCGGCGUAAGGGCACGGGGGACUCCGCGGGGAUGGGAUCUAGGCGACAGCAGCCCCCGAACCUGAGGCGGGACGAGGGCAGGCUGCUGCACGCCGCCCUGGUGGAGCAGGAGGAGGACGAGGACGACGAGGAGGGCUCCGAGGAGAGCGGCAGCGACAGCACCAGCCGGGCAGAGCCGGCGACGGUGCCCACCUUCGACGUCCCCUACUUCCGCUACAUAGACGACGAGGGGACCGAGGGAGAGGACGAGUGGAGCAGCAGCCGCUCCAUGUCCUCCAUGGAGGAGGACUCGUCCACUGACUCCGCUGUGUCUAACAGGUACAUGGUGGUGUCGGGGACUCCCGAGAAGAUCCUGGAGCACCUGCUGAACGAGCUGACGCCGGACGACGACCGAGGGACGGCGCAGGGCAAAGAGCCAGAUACACUCCUGGAUGACUUCCUGCUAACCUACCCAGUAUUCAUGUCUACCAGUGAUUUAUGCCAAGCUCUGCUGGGACACUAUUGCGCCAAGCGCCACAGAGGGAAGGAGGACAGGAAGGAGGCUCUGGAGAGGAAACAAAAACUCCUGCACCUGGUGUCGCAGUGGAUGUCACUCUGCAAAGGCUUCCUGAGAGACGACGAGCACGUCAAACUCUUCGUGAAGACUUUGUACCGCUACGUGGUGGACGAUCUUUACGAGCACCCCGCCCUGGAGAAGGACGUGGGGGAGCUGCAGAAAGUCUACCAGCUGCACCGCAGACACACGGUGGAUGAUUGUUCCCCGCAAAGAAAGGGCAAAGCACUUUUCCACCAAUUGAGCUUGAAAGAGAGCGGGCUGCAAUCCAGAGGUACGCAGAGGGACGCGAAGGAAGCGUUGUGUCAUGUGUAUAUCACCAUGGACUCUUACCUAAGCAUGAGGGCUCAUCCUGGGGUAGUGGCGCGGGAGCUGGUGCAGGCAGUCGCCGAAAGAAUGGAUGUUCCCCAGGGGGACCUUGUGCUGGUGGCCGUCACUUAUCCUGGAGGUAGACUCCUCCUGCAGCCUCAGGACAGAGUUUUCUCCAGUUCUUUGCGGUCGGUGGGGCGGCUGCACGUGUGCAGGAAGGACCUCGGUGAAGUCCUGAACCCGUUCCCAGACAACUCGGAGCUCCAACACAGGACGGCUCGCAUGCUGAGUUUAAACACGUGGGACGUGGCUGUUGCUCUGACAGACUUUGACUGGACAAUUUUUGACUCUAUGCACGAGCAAGAGCUGGUCUACUUCACCUUCAGUCGCCAUGCAAGCAGCCACCACACCAUGGCGUUAGAGCUGCUGCUGCAGCGCUGCAACGACGUCCAGCUGUGGGUGAUGACGGAGGUUCUGCUGUGUCCAACACUCUGCAAAAGAGUCCAACUCAUCAAGAAAUUCAUCAAGAUCGCAGCCCACUGUAAGGCACAGAGGAACCUCAACUGUUUCUUUGCCAUUAUAAUGGGCCUCAACACUGCAGCCGUCAGCCGCCUCAGUCAGACGUGGGAGAAAAUUCCUGGAAAAUUCAAAAGACUGUUUUCAGAGCUGGAGACGGUUACAGAUCCGUCGCUGAACCACAAGGCCUACAGAGACUCCUUCAAGAAGAUGAAGGCUCCAAAGAUUCCCUUUCUUCCUCUGCUACUCAAAGACAUGACGUUCAUUCACGAAGGCAACAAGACGUUCCACGACAACCUGGUCAAUUUUGAAAAGCUGCACAUGAUAGCAGACAUGGCGCGGCUCAUCCGGGAGUGUCAGAAAGAUCACAUGGGAAAUGGAAUCACCCAGAAAAGCAGCUCAGACGUGCGUGCCUACAUCGACUACCUUCACAUCAUCGACAAUCAGCAGACUCUGUUUGAACUGUCACACCGGCUGGAGCCUCGUGCUUAGAGGACACCUCGGACAUAUUCUUCCCGCCGUGGCAGCCACGCUGUCGGAUUGCCAAGGAAACAACCGAUCGCUGUCUCAUCUACGUCUCAGGUCCCAGUCAGCAAUCGCAGGAGCACUGCUCUGCCCCGGCCCGGCCACAGGAGGGAGCCAUUCAAUCAGGAGAGCGUCACCAGAGACGGAAACAAGCACCAGAAGACAAAAUAAGCGUUUGCAUUCAUCUAGAACAGUGCGACUGAUCGGGGAGGAGGGGCACUUGAAACUGAACCCUGUCGAAACUGCAUUUUAAAUCCAGCUUGUGCCGCAACAACAGCAGCAGAUUUGAGAAGCAGAUGUUUGGGUUCAAAACUGCUGCUGCUGUUCAUUUCUGGUCCUACAGAUGGCAGAGUUUGACAAGUGUAGAGCUGAAUGUUUAUAUAUAUAUAAAAGCUAGCAAACUGUCUAGUGCUUCUGUCUUAAAGAAGCCAGGGAAAAGAUCCCGCUCAUAAUUUUCCCUUAUGCUCCUUACGAAAACUUUUAACACAUCAGAAUGUGAGAUCAGAUCCCUCUGAUUUGGCCCUGGGUCAUUUUGAAUUUCCAGACAGUGUCAAAAGAUCUUGCAGCAGAGGCUGCUUCAUCUGAUUUGACCAAAGAACAGCUCAGCUAACAACGCUCUACGCCGUUCACGUGUGCCGCCUCUGCCGGAUGUAAGACCCUGAAGAAAUUCAGUACAGUUUAUGCACAACAAGCAGAUGUCUUUCAAAGUCAAGAUGGUGGAGAGAGUGAAAUAUUUUACGUUUCCAACAUAUUAUUUUCGACGCAGAAAUAAUUUCUUAUUGUACAGGAGUUUUAUUCUUUAACCAAAAAGUGCAGUGUAUUAGACGAGGCUUUACAUAGUACAGGUUGUAUCAGUGAGGGAGAAUAAUACACAAAAUACUGUAUUUUGUUAGUAUGUGAGUUGUAAUUACAUGUGUUAGCGGCAAAUCCCAUAGAAAUAUGAUAAUAAUGCCAAGUAAAGUGAUCUCCAUCUAGCUGAGUUGUUGACAAUCAAGCAGCAGACUCAUGCUGUUACAGUAUAUUUCUGUAUUGGUCUUUAGAGUUAGAGUAAAACAUGACACGAGAUUUUCUUCUCAGAUCAGAUCGUUUUGGUUUGUUGAGAUCAGGAAUUCGGAUCUUGACCAACACACGAAUAAAUGUUGCGUAGGAAAAAUACUAGCGAAAUAAAAAGCUACAGCACCUUCUGGACAAAAUAAGUAGAGCACAGUGUUUGUUCUCUGAAUAGGCGAAGUGAUCCUCACUUUUGUAGGCUUAAAUUAAAUAGGAGUUGUGAAGCAUUGUAGAGGGGAUGUUAAACUGCAUUUAGUGUCAACAUUUUAUUUGUAUAUGUUGGAUUUUAAAGCACACAGUCGUCGUGGAGACACCGUGCUUCGACAGUAUCCUUUUUAGAAUUUGAUUUUUAUCAACGAUGUACAGUUGACUCUGUUUAUACUGUGUAUAUAUGUUAAAAUUCUGCAUAUGAAUAUUUAUUUAUUUCAGAAUUAUUUAUUUUCUUUUUAGACAUUACUCAUCGUGUUUCUGUUGAAUGUUUUUUUUUUUUGUGUACGCACCGUUUUGGCUGGUCUGCAUGAUAUGUCAAACCAUGGACUGACCACCAGUGUCGACUGUGCAUGCAUUAAAGUAUUUUUCAUCAUCA